GCAGAUAAAGACAGACUAUGACUUUCAAUCCUCUGUGAUGAGUUCAUCAUUAAGAACUAACAGCCGAUCCCGUAUAGUCUUCAUCGAUGGUGACUAGGUCAGUCUGUCAGUGUAAGGACUGUUCGAACAAGGGACCAAGCCCAGUCAAGUAUCCCGACUUUGUUCAGGCUCAUUUCAAAUGAGUACAAAUCAAACUACUACUAAGCCUUUUGGAUGAACCAAGAUUUUAUAUAUUUAUAAAAUUGCUGGGAAUGAGCAGAAGCAUUGCUCAGCUACUAUGCAACGAGGUGGUUGGUGGUUGGUGGUUGGUUCAACUGUCAGUCGCCUAUCAAACCAGCCUCUCACAUUACGAUUAACCUCAGCUCUGUCUCAAUGUUAAGCGCUUGCAUUUGCACCCCGCAUGAGCUCACAAGGUACGAACGACUACGGAUACUAUACACAUACUUAAACGGUAGCUCCCGCUUUGGCGCAGGGCGCAUUUUCAUUGACAUCAUUUGACUUUUUGAAGACGAAACGAGAUCAUCAUUGUGGUUGCCGUGCCGUCUCAUUUUCAUCCGUCUACAGAUCUAGUCUAGUUAGUUGCUACGCCAACUCCACCUUCAUCAUGGUGUCAACACCAAGGUCGAAGAGUCAAAGAGACCCUCAGACGCCGCGGUCGCAGAAGAAGCGCAUGCCCAAGGGCCGUUAUAGCGAUGGACACUGGUGGUGUAACUGUGAACCUCGCCAGAAAGCCACACUCCGUGAGGUGAAGAAGUCUGGACCGAACAACGGCAAACUUUUCUGGAAGUGCGAUGAUUGCAAUUUCUUCCUCUGGAGGGACGAGGCCAAGGUACGCGAGUCGGGGCUGAGGGGUUCCCGAAGAGGUAGCGAAUCCUCCAAAUCUGAACCUCCACCCAUGACACAGCAAUCACUUGUGUCGUAUGGCUACCAAGUGACUCCGAGUCGGCGUCAGAGCGACGAUAAUUCUGCCGACAGCACAGAAUCCGGCGAGGAUUCGGAAGCUAAUACUCGAAUGCCCAAAUCGAUCAGAAACCAAGCAGAAAUUGCCGACCAUUCAAAGCUGCCCUCUCCGCCUACUGCAGCUGUUGAGACACCCACUCGUGGACCUACCAAGAGACGGCGCGACGUUUUCGAGCAAGAUGAAGACGAGUUCAGCGAUAUUGCCUCGGAUGAAGAGCGGCAGAUGGCUGCUAUUGCGGACAAGAGCGCCGAGAAGGCCGCCCAGAGCCGUUUUACCACUCCCACCACUACCCGCUCAUUCCCAGGGAUGCCAACUCCUUCUGUAUCGCGUACGCUGUUUCCCACCAGCGAAUCCAAGAGACAGAAGCAAGUCUCCUUUGAAGAUACUCCCUCGAUGUCAUCUACGACUCUGUCGGCCACCACGACACCUUCAAAGACUCCAUGUGGAACGCAAGGACCUCCUGCAAGUAGCCCUCCGGAGACGAGCUACGAUGUGACGGACGAAGUUAUGAAUCUUUUGAGAGGCCAACAAAUCGACAAUAGCGUUUUGUCAUCUGUACAGAGUAUCCUGGAAGCUGCAGCACGUCGCACCAAGGGCAUUGUUCUCGGCCGUGACUCUGCGCGGUCAAGCCUCAAGAUCAAGGAUGACAAAAUUGCUGCCAUGCAAGAGCGUAUUACUGCACUCGAGAACCGUGAACGAAUGCACAGGAGGCAAAUGACGAAUAUCAAGGCUGGUUUGAUGAAGAUGUAUGAUGACAACUGAUCGUGUUAAGUGUCAGGUUAGACCUGGCAAGGUUAUGGUUAUGAUGAUGAUGAUGAUGAUGAUGAUGUAAGAAGCUUUGAGCUUUGGUAAUGUAGUGAGAUAUACCCUUUUAGUGGUUAGUUAAUAGUAUCAGAUUAGUUCUCGUGUGGCCUCAAGAACGAAUC